AUGUUUAUCAUUUUCAAAAGAUCUUACAUACUCAAGAAUUGUCGUUUUUUUAGCCGAAAAUUCCCAGUUAAGUCUAAAGUCCUAAUCCCCCCCCUCCGUGAGUGAACAAAACCAUUACUCCCCUCCCCCCCCCCCCUCCGUGAGCGAACAAAACCAUUAGAAAAAUCGCCAUUUUUUGACCAAAAACCCACCCUCCGUGAGUGAACAAAAAUUUUUUUUAAUAGAAAAAAUUUUAAUGGAAAAAAAUUUUGAUAUAUAAGUGAUAAUUAGUAUAAUGAAAUCUAGAGCUAAUUCUGUUUAAUUUUAAACAAAUUGCGUUUUAAAAUAUAAAUUUUGCAAAUUAAAUUAAUAUUUGCUUCCCAAUUUUUUGCAAAUUAGGAUUUUUUUAAAUUUCGAAAAAUAUUUUUUAUAAAAUUUAUAUAUAAAUUUUUUCUAAAAAAAAAAAUUAACCCCCCUCCGUGAGCGAACAAAAUUUUUUUGUUCGCUCACGGAGGGGGGGGGGUGGAGUUAGAAAAAUCCCUAUUUUUUGUCAAAAAACCCACUCCAUGAGUGAACAAAAAUUUUUUUAAUAGAAAAAAAAUUUGAUAUAUAAGUGUUAGUAUAAUGAAAUCUCGAGCUAAUUCUGUUUAAUUUUAAACAAAUUGCUUUUUAAAACACAAUAUAAAUUAAAUUAAUAUUUGCUUCCCAAUUAGGAUUUUUUUAAAAUUUUGAAAAAAAAUUUUCUAUAAAAUUGAGAUAUAAAUUAUUUUAAAAAAAAAGAUUAACCCCCCUCCGUGAGUGAACAAAAUUUCUUUGUUCACUCACGGAGGGGGGGAGUAAAACCUAAAAUACCUGAAAAGCCUGAACCUUGAAGAAAAGAAUGAUAUGAAAAGUUUAUAGAGACUUCAAAACCUCAUAAAAAUGCUUUACAAGUUUAUAUAACCAUAAGACAUAACCCAAAAUUGAAAGCAUUUCGAGGUAUGAUGUAUCCCUGGGCAUUAUUUAUUGCUUCAGCAAUUUCUUUAUCUGGCCUUAUAGGAGUUUGCAGCUAUUUCUAUUCACAAUAUUUGAUGAGAUCAAAGAAAGCAAUAAACCAAGAAAUUCCCAUGCCCUACACAAUGCUUGUUAAAGAAAAUUUCAUUCCAGAAAGCCGCCCCAAAGAAAGAUUCAGUGAUGUCAUAGGGCUUGAAGAUUUCAUCGACGAACUUAAUUUUCUCAUUGACUAUUAUAAAAACCAAAAAAAAUUUCAAGUAGCUAAUGCCAAAAUGCCUAGCUCUACACCUUCGUGAGCGAUCGAAAAAAUUUUUUAAUUUAUUGAGAGUGUUAAAAGUUUAUAUAUAAAUUUUAUAGUGAAAUUUUUUUAAAAAUUAAAAAAAAAUCUCAAUUCAUCAAAAUUGGAAAGCAAAAUUAACUGAUUUGCAAAAUUUUAUGUUAAAAAUGCUGGCUGCUCAGAUUUCAAUAGAGUUGGAUAGAAAUUCAUUGAUAAUUAUUGCUUAUAUAUCAUAAAAUUUUUUCAUAUUAAAACUUUUUUGGCUCAUAAAGUGUCGAAAGAUAGGGUUUUUCAAUGGUUUUGCUCGUUAAUGGAAGAGGGGAAGUAAAGGGAUUCUUUUGACUGGAGAAACAGGAACAGGAAAAACUUUACUAGCUAAUGCAAUAGCAGGAGAAGCUGGAGUAUCAUAUUUUAAGAUAUCAGCUUCGGAAUUUGAUGAGGUGAAUGUAGGAUCUGGAGCUAAAAAGAUGAGAGAUUUAUUUAUUGCAGCGAAAAAAACGCAGCCUUCAAUUAUAUUUAUCGAUGAAAUAAGUAGUAUUGCUGAAGAAAUAUAUGAAAUUAAUGUAGGUGAAAGUAAGCAGACUGUAAUACGACUAAUGCAUGAAAUAGACCGAGCUGCUGAUAAUGACAAAAUACUUGUUAUUGCAGCGUCAAACUCUUCAGAAGCUCUUGAUAGCAGGCUGAUAAGAACAGGAAGAUUUGACUGAAAAAUCAAUAUCCCGGUCCCUGACCGCGAAACUCGUAAAAAAAUCAUAAAACACACACUAGCAAAACAAUCAUUAAAAUUUGAAAUUGAUGCAGAAGAAAUCGCGAGACAAACUGCUGGCUUUACACCUCUUCAGUUAUUUCAAAUAUUGAACUCAGCUACUACUCACGUUACAAAAAACAAUACUUUCUUUCUAAGCUCUACCGAUAUUUUAAAUGAAAUUCGAAAAAUCAACAAAAUUUCACGCCUCACAAAAGAGGAAAAGCUUCAACUCGCUGUACAUGAAAUAGGGAUAUUUCUCAUGUAUUUAAAAAAGCAUGAGAACGUUCCUUUGGAAGAUGUAUCACUUUCAUUGAAUCCAUCAAGCAAAAAUCUUACAGAGCUCUUCGAGGUAUAUCAAAACACAACAAGAAAAGAAAUUUUGGAUCAGGUUGAUAUUCUGAUAUCGGGAAAGGCAGCCUUAGAUUUAGUUUAUGGGAAAAAUAAGAGGAUAAAUGACUUAUGUGAAGAAGAUAUUAUGAAAACCAGAAAAUAUUUGAAUGAAUAUGUAAGAUCUGGAUUGUUUAAUGGCGAAUCAGGUUUUGUAUUUUAUUUUCCUCGUAAGAGUAGAGGAAGUAGAAGAUUAGUGCAAUAUGAAGUAAAUCGAUUGAUAAAAAAAUCACACAAAAAGAGCCUGAAAUAUAUGCAGAAAGAUCGAGCGUUGUUAAUGCAAUUAGCCGAGAUUUUGAUAGAGAAAGAAAAUAUCUCAGGAAAGGAAUUGAAAGAAAUAAUAAGAAAAGCCAGAUAA